UUAACACUUCUAUAUCUGAAAGCAUUCCUAACACAGCAUUUUUUCACACCUGCCAAAGACAUACCGUAUUUUUCGCUCCACCUAGGUUUUAGAGGCAGAAAACAGGAAAAAAAAAAAUUCUAAACUAAUGGACUGCAGACACAGUACAGGAGAUGACCAGAGACUGCGGACACAGUACAGGAGAUGACCAGAGACUGCGGACACAGUACAGGAGAUGACCAGAGACUGCGGACACAGUACAGGAGAUGACCAGAGACUGCGGACACAGUACAGGAGAUGACCAGAGACUGCGGACACAGUACAG